CGUACGAGGAAUAGGUCUGCAUAGUAUUUACAGACCCGGGUGGCGAUUUGAAGACCGAGAGAGCGUAGCGAUCGAGGUUUUUAAAAGGCCACCGGGUCUGUAAAUACUAUGCAGACCUAUUCCGAGUGCGGUAACUAUCUUACCUACAUGCUCUUUUGUUUUUCUAUCCAAACAUCAGUUUAUAACUCAAUAUUUAUCAAUAUAAAUCACAAGAAACCUUUCAUUUAUGUACUUUAUCAUGUAUAAGAAUGCAUUCCGAAGCCAUUCAAAUAUACCAACCGCUACGCUCUUGUAAUUCAUUAGUGCACAAAUCAGGUGUUAUUUGAAUAUUCUCGUUUUUUUCGUGGGGUUUCAUUAUGUAAUAAGGCCAGGUAAAUGUACCUGUUGAGAGUUUCAAGUCAUUGAUAUAAAGAGGGUAAAGAUGGAAGAAAGGACAGAAAGAAGAAUUAUACUUCUCGGGAAAAAUGGAAGUGGAAAAAGUUCACUUGGUAACUCUUUGCUGGGACGGUACGCUUUUUCUCACGGAAAACUGUCACAGUGUAAAAGAAUUGGAGAUAUCAAUGAAAGACAUAAUAUCACUUUAUGUAUAAUAGAUACACCUGGGCUGUUUGAUGCUGAUGUUGCGUUAGCUGUGAGCGCUCUUAAAAUACAAAGGUCUCUCGACAUUUGCCCUAAUCCACAUGCAUUCCUGAUUGUUGUCAACUCAAAAGAUGACACGGAAUAUCUGGACUAUACGGUGGAUAUGCUGCCUUUUAUAUUUGGCAAAGAUGUUUUCAAUAAUGCAGUUAUAAUGUUGACUCACGCAGAUACGUGCGAUGUAGAUUCCUGGCUCACGGAAAAUCCCCUGUCAUCACUUUGUGGCGGACGUGUUGUAACGGCGAAAACCCUUGACGAUUGUAUGAAUCAGUCAACGGUUGAUGCCAUACUGAACCAAAUCAGGUUACUGACAUGUAAUGUAGUAUCCGUUUAUAGCCAUAAAUCUAUAGAACUCCACAGUCGCGUCUUACAGUGUAUGCCAGUCUGCAAGAGAGGGGACGAUAUUAGAUCUCAGCUGAAUGUAAUUAAACAUCGGGCCAGCAUGAUCCAAAAUGAGAUAAGGGUUAUAAUGAUUGGUAAAUCUGGUAAUGGAAAAAGUUCAACAGGCAAUUCAUUGCUUGGUUGUAAUGGUUUCCAUGUUGAGAAAAGUCUCAAAGCUGUCACAGAACAAAGCAACAUGAAAACGAGCUGUUUAAAGACGACGCAAAUAAUAAGUGUUGUAGACACUCCUGGGCUUUUUGACAAAGGAAGUUCUUUGGCUGAAAGAGCACUUGAAAUCCAACGGGCUGUCGAAAUAUGUCCAGAACCGCAUGCGUUUUUGUUGGUGUUUAAUUCAGACAACCGUUUUACAGAGGAAGAAAAAAGGACUGUCGAUAUGAUGCGCAUUAUAUUUGGUGAGAAUAUAUUCGAGCACACCUGUAUAGUUUUUACACGUGGAAGCGGCUUUGAUAAUGAAGGUAAAUUCAGGGAGUUUUGGGAGAACGAAGGUUUCUUAAAGGAUGUGGUUCAGAAAUGCCAAAGCCGCAUUUUCAAAGUAGAAAAUUUUAAACAAAGUCACGCUUCGGAUGAAGCCUUCUCAACUAUCAUCAACUCAAUGAAAACCUGCCCAGUUUACAAAAAUGAUCAGCUUGACGAUCAUAAAAUAGUGCUGGAGGAACAUUUGAAUAAUAACCAAUGUGAGAACCAGGACAUUAACAAACAAAUUGAACACUUGCUUAAAAAUCUUGAUAAACGGCCCAGUAGUGGGAAUUGGAAGGCUGGUUUUGUUGUUGGUGCAUCGGCAGGUAUUGUAGGAGCUACUGUAGCAGCGGGAGGAAUUGGUUUAGCAGCACCAAUGCUUGGCUUAGAAGCAACAACGGCACAAACAUCUAUGGUCGGAGUGGUGUUUGCUGCCAGUUUAGGAUACCUGAAAAAAUUAUGGUGGCCCAGCUCAAAGUAAAUAGGAUACGAUAAAUAAAUGUGUUUCAUAUCAAGUAAAGUAUUUAUAAUAAUCUAAAGUGAAAUACUGAUUAAGUUUUUGGUAAACAUACAUUGUUUGAAUAAAUAAUGACCAACUAUUUAUCAGUAAUUUAGACCAUGGACAUUGCCGUGAAAAAAAUGAGUAUCAGGUUUGUUUCUUCUUUGUUGGUUAUUGUUUAAAAAAUCUUUGAAGAUGAUAGUUUGCUUUUAAAUAUAUGCAGCGGAAAGAUAAAAUAUUUUGUAAAAUGACCAUGAUCAGAGGCUUUGUGUUGAAGUUAUGUAUGCUAAACAUAUAGCAGUAGUGGGGAUUAUAUUUGUAUUGUUACAUCUUUCUUUAAGCUAAACUUUGAAAAAAACAUAUAACCUAUGAAUAAUUGCUUUUUUUGAGUAUUUCCUCGAAUGAGAUAUAAAAUAUUAGACUUCCUUUUGAAUUGUUUUGUUGACCUUAAAAUAUUAUGUUAUCUAGACGUAAAAUAAGGCGCGACGUUAGCGGAGUCUAAUAUCUUUUCUAAAGCUGUGUGCGAGUCCAAUAUAAUCAGUAUUGUAUUCAACAAUGUAUCUCUUUAUCGAAGAAUACCUUAAUUUACCGAAAUUAUAUUUAUGGUAUAUUAUUGUGCGAAGAUAUGUAAUAGAAAGAGCACCGAAACACGAGGCUAUCUGAUUUGUACGAGGAGGCGUAGCCCCCGAGUAUAAAUCAGAUUGCCGAGUGUUUUGGUGUUCUUUCUAUUUUGUAUCAUAGUCAAACAUAAAAACACGUUCCCUGUUGUCACAAUUUAAAACCCCGGGAAAAAGUAACCAAUGAUCGAGCAUCUGAAUAUGAUAUUUCUCCCGCUUUCCCUUUCUCUGCCGUCACAAUGUGUAAACCCCAGCAAAAAUGUGCCAAUCAACGAGCAUGAUCUGGAGUGCGGGUAACUGAUACCUGCACUCCA